AUGGCCGGCGUAUGUCCGGGCUCCGGCUCGCCCAAAGACAUCGACAUCAUCUCCAACUCCAGCUACAUCAACUCCCUCUCCGACCACGACUCCGACGACGCCGCCACCACCGCCGCAGACGCCAACCCAAUCUUCACCCUCACCCUCCACCUGCACAGCAAACCCCUUCAAGUUCCCUUUUACCACUCCGACGCCACCAUCCAAGACCUCUCCGACACCGUCGCCGAAGACCUGCACAUCCCCCCGACGAACCAGAAAUUCCUCGUCUCCCCCAAAACCGGCUUGCUCAAGCCGCCCUUCAAGAACCCCGCCCUCCUCCUUAACACGCUCCUCGACAAGAAAAUUGUCCUCAUGGGCGCCACCACCGCCGAAGUCGCCGAGCUCGAAUCCGAGAUCCAAGCGCGCAAAGACCGCAUCAGCCGGCGGAAAGCAGCCCUGCAAGCCGGCCGGAAAGUAAAGGCGCACAAGAGCCGCGACUGGAAGCGAACGCAGGACGAAGCGCGCUACACCUUCCACACCAUCCAACCUCUCACCUACCUCCCCAACCCGGAGAAGUCGCAACGCUUCCUCGAGCGCCUCCGCGACGACGCCGGCGUCAAGUCUUCCAUGCGCAAACACGGCUUCUCCGUCGGUCUCCUCACAGAAAUGAACCCCGCCGAGCACACGACGCACGAGUCGCGAACACUAGGCCUCAACCGCAACCGCGGCGAGGUCAUCGAGCUGCGUCUCCGCACAGAUGCCUACGACGGCUACCGCGACUACAAAGUCAUCCGCAAAACGCUGUGCCACGAACUUGCGCACAACGUGUGGGGCGAGCACGACCAGAACUUCUGGAAGCUGUGUCGCGAGAUUGAAGCGGAGGUCGAGCGGAAUGACUGGCGGCGUGGCGGGCAUAGCGUGGGCGGAGAGGAGUUCUACAACCCUGAGGACGAGGGUGUGGAUGAAGAGGCGGAUGGCGGUGGCUGGGAGGGGGACUUUGUGCUCGGGGGCGAGGUCCCGGGUGCCGGCUUGAUGGACCGGAGGGAGAUUAUGGCGCGCGCGGCAGAGGCGAGAAUGAGGAGACAGAACGAGACCAAGGCGGCGGAGCCUAAGGAAAAGAAAGAGGAGGGUGCAUCGAAGCGAUCGUGA